UCAAUUUGUUGCUGCUGUUGUAUUUAUCAACGAGAAAAACUACAAACUAAAACUGGACAUAACUGGGCAUAUAAAACUAGUUAUCUCAUCCAAUAUAAGAAAAAUAAAAUCCUUACAAAAUAGCUAGGACUGUUGUAUUAUUAUAUUUACACGUAAUAGUAUCAUAUGAUGAUGAUGAUGAUGAUGAUGAUGUUCGAAUCGAACCAUACGAUGUAUCGACAAUGACGACGUAUCGAUGAACGUGUUUUUUUUAUUUCUCUUGAAUUAUUGAAGAAAAAAAAACAAGAAGAACAAAAAAAAGAAACUAAUCUGAAAUUGCAACUAAUUUUGUUCGUGUGUUUGUUUGUGUAUGUAUAUGUCCAUUUCUUCCGUCAUUACUUUGGCCAUUUCUGGAUUUUAUUUUUAUAAACAAAAAUCAAAUAAUAACCGACAACGAUCACCAACAAUUUCCAAAUCCAUCGUUUUUAAUCAUUUCAUUUUGUUCACUUGUGGUGUGUGUGUGUAUGUUUAUUUGAAUUUUUAAAUAACCGAAAAUCAAUUAUCAUCAUCAUCAUCAUCAUCAACAUCAUAAACAAUCAAAAUGCCAUUCACAAGUUUAACGGGUUACGAAAAAAUUUUCUAUGAUGUACAAGGCAAUGGUGAUUGUGUAUUGCUCAUGUUACCUGGAUCAAUUGGAUCCACUAGACAAGAAUAUGGCCAACAAUUUGAUUAUUUUGAUCAAGAAAAAUUUACAUUAGUAUCAUGGGAUGCACCUGGUUUUGGCCAAAGUCGUCCACCAGAACGUGAUUAUAAUGAUUGUUAUAAUCGUGAUGCAAAAUUAUUGAUCGAAUUAAUGGAUCAAUUAAAAUUGACUAAAUUCAAUGUAUUAGGAUUUAGUGAUGGAAGUCGUACGGCUAUCACUAUUGCAAGCCAAUUUCAGGAUCGUGUGAAUAAAUUGGUUCUGUUGGGUGCUACCACAUUCAACAGUCCAAAAGAAUUGAAAGUAUUCGAUCUUUGUCGUGAUGUAAGCGGUUGGACUGAUCAACGACGUGAAAUGUUUGAAAAAGUUUAUGGCCAAGAUUUGCAAAAAAUGUGGGCCGGUUGGGUGGAUAUGAAUAAAACGUUGGAUGAUUUCAUGACACCGGCAUUGGCUAAUGUUCAAUGUCCAGUAUUGUUAUUGUAUGGUGAAAAUGAUAUUAUUGCACCAAUCGAUCCACAUGCUGCACAUAUGCGUAAAAAUCUGAAUCGUUCACGUAUACAUAUUUUUCCGAAAAGUUCACAUCAAGCACAUCAAGAACGUACACGUGAAUUUAAUAAAAUUGUUGAAAAAUUCAUUAGCUCAUGAAUGACACAUUUUUUUCCAUAUAUUUAUUAAUUAA